AUGCCGAAGACUUUCGAGAGGACUCGCAAGGCCAUUGCCAAAAAGAAGGGAGCUGUCGAUUCUCUUCAUCAAUACUCACGCGAUUCUAAGAGGCUACAUAGGGCCCAAGUUCGUGAUGGAAAGCUAGAGAAAAUUGCAGCCUCGAGAAAGAAAAGUGACAAGCCUUAUCUUGAACGAGCUACCUUUUUCCAAGAGGCCGUGAGACAAAAUGGGAGCCAACCUGUACAAAUGGACGUGAUCCAUGAACUAAUCAAGACGUUUAUACACCAACACGAUGAGGAGAUGAGCGAAGUAAAGAAGACUCGACGGCCCGGACGUCCUGCCAGCGCCAGAGAAGAUUUACUGAAAGUGAAAAUCGAUAAGCUUCAGAAAGAGUACCAAAACGGCUUUUUAAUUCCGGAGCUCGACACAGAAGAAAAUGCUACGGUACUAAGCCGAUGGGAAGGCUCUUGGUCUUACCUAACUAGCCUCAAGUGGGUGAGAAUAUCUUCCGCUGGGAGCGUUCAACCUUCUAGCUUUCCUCCGAGAGGAGAGCAUUGA